AUGGAGGCUGAGGAUUUAAGUGGCAGAGAAUUGACAAUUGAUUCCAUAAUGAACAAAGUGAGAGAUAUUAAAAAUAAAUUUAAAAAUGAAGACCUCACUGAUGAGCUGAGUUUCAAUAAAGUCUCUGCUGAUACGACAGGUAAUUUCAAAAAAAGUAAGCAACUUCUUCAUAAAGCUGUAGAAUGUGGAGCAGUGCCCAUAGAAAUGUUGGAAAUUGCUAUACAGAAUUUAAACCUCAAAAAAAAACAGCUACUGUCAGAGGAAGAAAAAAAUGUAUCAGUACCUGCACAAUUAACUACCCAAGAAUCAUUCUCCAGUUCCCUUGGGCAUUUACAGAAUAGGAGUAUCAGUUGUGAUUCCAGAGGACUGGCUACUAAACCCAAGUUUUUGUAUGGAGAGAACAUGCCCCCUCAAGACACAGAAAUAGCUCAUCAAAACCCUGUGAAACAAACAAACAAAGCUAAACGGUUGUGCCCAUUUGGAAGAGUCCCAGUUAACCUUCUAAAUAGCCCAGAUUAUCAUGGGAAGAUGAAUGGUUCAGUUGUACAAAGUUUUACCAAAAGACAGACCGCUGGAUCAGAAUGCCGAGAUUUGAGUUUGCCUGGAUCUAAAUCAAGUGGAAAUGAUUCCUGUGAAUUGAGAAGUUUAAAGUCUGUUCAAAACAUGCAGUCCAAGGAACCUCUGCUGUCAGACGAGAAAAGUUCUGAGCUUUCUACUGGUUCAGUAACUCUGAAGAAUAAAACGGAUUCAAGUCUUCUAACUAAAUUAGAAGAAACUAAAGAACCUGGAAACACAAAGAUUCCAGAAAGUAACCAGAAACAGUGGCAAUCUAAAAGGAAGCCAGAAUGUGCAAACCAAAAUCCUGCUGCAUCUUCCAAUCAGUGGCAGAUUCCAGAAAUAACCCGAAAGGUUGAUGUGGAGAAGAAGCAUACCACUUUUGAGCAACCUGCCUUUUCAGUUUCAAAACAGUCACCACCAAUAUCAGCUCCUAAACGGAUUGAUCCAAAAUCUCAUUGUAUGACACCAAGCAGCAAUACAAUGGAUGAUUACAUGAACUGUUUUAGAACGCCAGUUGUAAAGAAUGACUUUCUAUCCACUUGUCAGUUGUCAACACCUUAUAGUCAACCUUCCUAUUUCCAGCAGCAAAUACCAGCUACACCACUUCAGAAUUUGCAGAUUUCAUCAUCCUCUUCAACAAAUGAAUGCAUUACAGUUAAAGGAAGAAUUUAUUCCAUAUUGAAGCAGGUAGGAAGUGGAGGUUCAAGUAAGGUAUUUCAGGUGUUAAAUGAAAAGAAACAGAUACAUGCUAUAAAAUACGUGAACUUAGAAGAAGCAGAUAAUCAAACUAUUGAUAGUUACAGGAAUGAAAUAGCUUAUUUGAAUAAAUUACAACAACACAGUGAUAAGAUCAUCCGACUUUAUGAUUAUGAAAUCACUGACCAUUGCAUAUACAUGGUAAUGGAGUGUGGAAAUAUUGAUCUUAAUAGUUGGCUUAAAAAGAAAAAAUCUAUCAACCCAUGGGAACGCAAGAGUUACUGGAAAAAUAUGUUGGAGGCUGUUCAUACAAUUCAUCAACAUGGUAUUGUUCACAGUGAUUUGAAACCUGCUAACUUUCUAAUAGUUGAUGGAAUGCUAAAGCUAAUUGAUUUUGGGAUUGCAAACCAAAUGCAACCAGAUACCACAAGUAUUGUUAAAGAUUCUCAGGUUGGCACAGUCAAUUAUAUGCCUCCAGAAUCGAUCAAAGAUAUGUCUUCCUCAAGAGAGAAUGGGAAAUUAAAAUCAAAGAUAAGUCCUAAAAGUGAUGUUUGGUCCUUAGGAUGCAUUCUCUAUUAUAUGACUUACGGGAAAACACCAUUCCAGCACAUUAUUAAUCAGAUUUCUAAAUUACAUGCCAUAAUUGACCCCAAUCAUGAAAUUGCAUUUCCUGAUAUUCCAGAGAAAGAUCUUCAAGAUGUGUUGAAGUGCUGUUUAAUUCGGGAUCCUAAACAGAGAAUAUCCAUUCCUGAGCUCUUGGUGCAUCCAUAUGUUCAAAUUCAAACUCAUACAGGUAACCAGGUGGGUAAGGGAACUUCUGAUGAAAUGAAAUAUGUUCUGGGCCAACUUGUUGGUUUGAAUUCUCCUAACUCCAUUUUGAAAGCUGCUAGAACUUUAUAUGAGCAGUAUAGUAGUGGUGAAAGUCAUAAUUCUUCAUCAUCUAAUCCUUUUGGAGAAAAAUGGGGGAAAAAUGAUUUGCAGCGCCUCAUGGACUGUAUCAAUGAUAAAGAAAUUGAACUUAUGCAGAUUGAAAUUGAUCAAACAUGUGAUCAAGAUGUAUUGAAAGUUACUGGUAAUUGCAAUGUGAAAAUUCUUCCCGUCGUUGAUGUGCUCGUAGAUCGUGUCCAUGCUUUGAUCGAAGAUGUGCAGGAAGAACAGGGCGCCCACAGAGAUGGUGAGGGCGAACAUGGAGGUUCUGAGAGAACAUGGAAGCAACAGAGAGUACAAACUCCCAGUAACCGUCGGUCACGUCAUGUUUCCUGA